AUGAAAUGCUGCUUACAUGUAUUGCUGUUGUUGGUUAUCGCCUCGUUAUCAUUGCAGAAUGAGGAAGCUCCUUCUUAUGCGACUGAAGUUAUCGACACUAACGCUACUACAAUUUCUGAUGAAGAAUUAGUUUUAACGAAUAAAAUUGGUACUAGAAUUAAGCAACCUACCAAACCUUCUACGAAACGAACUACCAUCAACAAGCCUUCUAAAAAAACUAACAUGUUUUCUGAUAAGAAAACUACUACGUCGUCCAAAUCGGAAAAGCGUAACACUACAAAGUUAUAUUCAGAUAAACCAAGAGAGGAAACACCAGAUGAACCAGAUUCAAAUAAUGAUGAUCCUGGCACCGAAGAUUCUGCCAAUGAAGAAUCUGGCAAUAAUGAGCCCGACAGUGACGGUAAAAAAUGGGUAAAGCCAAAAACAGAUGAAACAGAAGAGUCUUAUCAAGGUGUAGAGCCACCCAAAAACCGAACGACAACCGCCACAUUGAUAAAUUCGAAAAUAGAAGAAACAGAAGAGUCUGUUGAGUAUAUUACACCACCUAAAAAACAAAAGACAAGCCCGUCAUGGAUAAAUUCAGAAGCAGAGGAAACAGAAGAGAAAACAAAUCCACCCAAAAAACAAAAGGCAACUCCAGCCGGGACAAAAGAAGCAGAAGAGUCUGCCAAGGUUUCAAAACCACCCAAAAAACAAAAGACCAGCCUGUCGCCACCUCCAUCAAUUCCACCAAAUUGUGUUGGAGCCGGUUCUGGUAGGUGUGAUCCAAUAUACAUAUGUUACGAUCUAGCAAUUUGGCUAUUUCCAUGGAAGCUCGAACAAUGUCUUAAAGAAAGAUGUCCAUUACGUGGCCCGAAUGAAGAGUACAACAGUUGUGAAACAUGUGAACCAUAUUGUGCUUAUAAACUCAAAAUAUUUUGUACAGUGUUUUGUAAGAAAGGAUGUGGCUGUAAGAAAGGAUAUUGUCGUGAUAUGAAAACUGAACAAUGUGUAAGAGAAUAG